AAUAGAACUGGUGGUAACGGAGAACAAGACGACGACGUUUUAAAAACAAUUGGCCGUCCAAAAAGCUCCUCGUCAAACUCAUACCAGAAGAUGAUUUGAUUAGAGAAGAUAUUCUCUUCCAUUUUCAUUUUUGCCCCUUUUCGAAUUUUGCGUUUUCGUCGGCUCUUCUUCUUCUUCUUCUUCUUCUUCAUCCUUUCCGUGUGCUUCACUCUCACAGAUUUCGUCAUCAAUUGAAACCCUUUUUCCUAAAAAGUUUCACUUUUUUCUAUUUCGUUUCCUUACAAACCCAUCGAUCGGAUUACUAUGUCAAUCAAUUGCUAAUAAAGUUUUUUUUUUUUCUUCUCUGGCUUCUUCUUCACACAAUCCGUUUGAUUUCCCGGCGUAACGAAACCCUCGCCAUGGCCGCGGCUUUAAGGUCUAACACGUCAAGAGAAACCGCUUCUCUCACUCUCUCUCAGUUUAGGUACUUCAUCUUCAACCGUAUCCACACCGCUCGAACCGCCACGACUCGCUCUAGACCCGAUGAUUCAUCCAACAACAGAUUCCCAAAUAAAAUCUCUCCGCUUGGAACGAGUUUGUUUGGUAAUUCGAGUAAAGGCUAUGCUACUAAUUGUGCCCAGAAGAUGAACGGUGUUGCUUCUUCUUCUUCUUCUUCUUCUUCUGUUGUUAUACUGAGCUCACAAGGAGACCCACCGGAUCUGUGGCAGCCUCCUGGUGAUGGUGUUUCCGUUAGGGUUAAUGGGUCUAGUGUUAAUCUUGGUCGUGGUGGCGGUGGAGGUGGAGGUAGUCCCGGUGGUGGUCCUGGUGACGGGACAGGGUCUAAUUCUAAAGAAGAUUCUUGGGGUGGAUCCAAUCUUGGGUCUGAGUUUCCUACACCAAAGGAGAUUUGUAAAGGUUUGAACAAGUUCGUGAUUGGUCAGGAAAGAGCCAAAAAGGUGCUUGCAGUGGCAGUUUACAAUCACUACAAGAGGAUUUAUCACGAAUCAGCACAGAAACGGUCCACUGGAGAAACUGAGAGCACUGCAGCGAAACCAGCAGAUGAUGAUAUGGUAGAACUAGAGAAGAGUAACAUUCUCCUGAUGGGACCAACUGGGUCAGGGAAGACACUACUUGCGAAAACCUUGGCACGGUUUGUGAAUGUUCCUUUUGUCAUUGCGGAUGCGACGACACUAACUCAGGCUGGUUAUGUGGGAGAGGACGUCGAGUCUAUAUUAUACAAACUUCUCACAGUUGCAGAUUAUAAUGUUGCAGCUGCACAACAGGGGAUUGUUUACAUUGAUGAAGUUGACAAGAUCACAAAGAAGGCAGAAAGCCUUAACAUCAGCAGAGAUGUAUCAGGAGAAGGUGUUCAACAAGCAUUGCUAAAAAUGCUGGAAGGAACAAUUGUAAAUGUACCUGAGAAGGGCGCUAGGAAGCACCCUAGAGGUGACAAUAUCCAGAUUGACACAAAGGACAUACUUUUCAUAUGUGGUGGUGCCUUUGUAGACAUUGAAAAGACGAUCUCAGAGAGGCGCCAUGAUUCUUCAAUAGGGUUUGGUGCUCCUGUGCGUGCUAACAUGAGGGCUGGUGGUGUUACAAACGCUGCUGUUGCAUCAAACCUAAUGGAAACUGUGGAAAGCAGUGACCUGAUUGCUUAUGGUUUAAUACCUGAAUUUGUUGGAAGAUUUCCAGUUCUCGUCAGUUUGUCUGCUUUGACUGAGAACCAACUUAUGGAGGUGUUGACAGAACCCAAGAACGCUCUUGGAAAGCAAUACAAAAAGAUGUACCAGAUGAAUAGUGUAAAGCUGCAUUUCACGGAAAGCGCACUGCGGCUAAUAGCUAGAAAAGCAAUAACGAAAAACACUGGAGCUCGUGGCUUAAGAGCUCUUCUAGAAAGCAUCCUCAUGGACUCUAUGUACGAGAUUCCGGACGAGAGUACAGGCAGCGACAUGAUAGAGGCAGUCGUGGUGGAUGAAGAAGCAGUUGAAGGAGAAGGACGUAGAGGCUCUGGAGCAAAGAUUCUCCGCGGUAAAGGAGCAUUGGGUCGGUAUCUCUCUGAAACCUAUUCCAAGGAUUCUUCUCCUCAGACAACAAAGGAAGGAUCAGAUGGAGAAAAUGAAGUGGAGGCAGAGAUUCCAUCAGUUGUAGCAAGUAUGUAAUGUAACGUUCGAUGAUCACGAUCACUACCAUCCAUGCAUCAUCAUCAUUCAGAACAUCUGGUGAAAAUGUAUCUCUCUGUAUGCUUUUAACUUUAUCGUUCUCUGUACAUAUAAAAUGAAGGAAAGAAACCAAAGUUGGAUAAUUAAAAAAGAACACAACGAAGGAUGCACAAUUUGCAUAAUUGAUAAAUGAUCAUGUAA